AUGGCGUUGACGGUAAAGGCUUUAAUAUUGGCAUCUACAAGAUAUUCAAAGCUUAGACCGUCAGAUAUCGCUCGUCUCAAUAACAUUAAACUUAUAAAUCCUCACGUAACAGCACAACAGAAAUAUUUUCAAAAGAUGUUUCAACAUUAUCAUGGGGGUUUUCAAAGCAGAAUGAAUCAAAUAGAGGCAUUUCAGAUAUUGGGUAUAAGUGGUAAGGACAUCCUCAACUUAACUCCCGAAAUGCUCAAGGCAAGACAUAGAAAGAUGAUGAUCCAAAACCAUCCAGAUAGGGGUGGCUCACCAUACAUAGCCAUGAAAAUAAAUACUGCCAAGGAUCUUUUACAAAAGACAUUCAUGUUCAAGAAAUAG